AUGGAAGUCUUUUAUGAUCGACUGCACAAAUAUAGCGAGAAUUCAUCAACUCCAUUGUCAUGGUUAUCUUGGGUGAACAUUGCACUUCAGAUUGCAAUAGCUUUGCAGUACCUGCACGUAGAUGUUGAGCCUCCUGUGUUGCACCACGAUGUCAAAUCUAUCAGUGUUCUGCUUGUAGAUGACAACCAUGCCAAACUUGCAGAUUUUGGCUCGCCAAAACUGGGCCAUAGAGAUAGUCGGGAUGCACCAGCCCCAGUUAAGGGUAGCUAUGGUAUUGUUGGAGAUGAUAAAAAAUUGCAAAGCCAUCAAGAUCGUAUGCAACAACUAUGUGCUAAGAUAGAUGGACUCAAAACAGAGCAAGAUCGUUUGCGAGGAGAGCUUGAGGCAUUUCAUCAGAUGAGAGUACCAGAUAUACAAGUACCGUAA